GGUGUUCCGGGAGAGAGUGUGUGUCUGUGCACGCACUAAAUCACAUGGUGUUUUAAGAAAUGCUCCAAAGAUGGCGGUAGCGGCGGCCGGAGGGGGAGGCGUUGGCGGCCGGGUGCAGCGGAGUGGCGCGCUGGAAGUUUUGGUGCGCGACCGGUGGCACCGGGUGCUGGUGAGCCUGGGCGACGAGGCGCUGGUGCUCAGCUGCGAGGAGGGAGGCGGGGGAGCCUCCGCCGCGUACAACGGCAUCGGGGCCGCGGCGGCGCGCAGCGGCAGCAGCAGCAGCAAUGGGACGUUCGGCGGCAGAGGGGCAGCUCCCGCCGCGUCGCCGGGGGGCGCCCUCUCCGCGGGGGGCGCGCCCGAGUCCCCGCCGGGGGGCAGCAACGGCAGCAGCCCCAAGGCGGCUCUGGCGAGCGGGGUGCGCACUGCGUUCACCGACCUGCCAGAGCAGGUCCCCGAGACCAUCUCCAACAAGAAGCGGUGCGUCAAGGUGCUGAAGCAGGAGAUGGGCGGCCUGGGCAUCAGCAUCAAGGGGGGCAAGGAGAACAAGAUGCCCAUCCUCAUCAGCAAGAUCUUCAAGGGGCUGGCGGCCGACCAGACCCAGGCGCUGUACGUCGGCGAUGCCAUCCUGGCUGUCAACGGCACGGACCUGCGCGACGCCACCCACGACGAAGCCGUGCAGGCGCUCAAGCGCGCAGGCAAGGAGGUGCUGCUGGAAGUGAAGUACAUGCGAGAAGCCACCCCGUAUGUGAAGAAAGGUUCUCCGGUUUCGGAAAUCGGCUGGGAGACUCCCCCACCUGAAUCCCCCCGGUUGGGAAAUGCCUCCAUGGAUCCCCUCUGUCAGCUGCCUCUCUCCAUUAACAGAGACAAGAAGACAAUACCGCUCAAAAUGUGCUACGUGACCCGGAAUCUGGCCGUGUCGGAUCCAGAAAACAGGCUCAUUGAGGUCCAUUCACCUGAUGCGAAACACACCUUGGUUCUAAGAAGUAAAGAUUCAGCUACAGCCCAAGCCUGGUUCCAUGCUAUCCACUCCUGUGUCAAUGACCUGAUUCCUAAGGCCAUCUCAGAAGUCAAAGAACAGCUGGGUAAAGCAGGAAUUGCUGGAGGCCGGGAGAUCAGGCAUCUAGGUUGGCUUGCGGAAAAGGUGCUGGCAGGGAAUGAGAAGCAUUGGAAAGCAGUGCUCAUGGUACUGACGGAGAAGGAUCUCUUGAUGUAUGAAAGUAUGCCACGAAUCAAGGAAGCUUGGUUUAGUCCCCUUCAUUCCUACCCUCUGCUGGCCACCAGGUUGGUGCAUUCAGGGCCCGGGAAAGGCUCACCACAGUCCAGGAUGGAUCUGUCCUUUGCUACUCGUACGGGCACACGGCAAGGGAUUGAAAGCCAUCUCUUCAAGACAGAUACUAGCAGAGACCUCUCUCUGUGGACCCGGAGCAUAGUUCAGGGUUGCCACAAUGCAGCAGAGCUCUCCACAGAAAUCACAACUGCUUGCACAUACAAAAGCCAAGAGUGCCGCUUGACUGUCCAUUAUGACCAUGGAUUUACUCUCACCACUGAACCCCAAGAUGGUGCCUUUCCCAAAACCAUUCUACAGUUUCCAUAUGAGAAGCUAAAAAUGUCCUCAGAUGAUGGGAUUCGGAUGCUUUACUUAGAUUUUGGAGGAAAGGAAGGUGAAGUGCAACUGGAUCUUCAUUCUUGCCCAAAACCAGUUGUGUUCAUCAUUCAUUCAUUCCUUUCAGCGAAGAUUACAAGACUUGGGUUGGUAGCAUAAGUAUCACCUAUCAAUUUUGCAAGGAAAAAAACAGAGCUGCCUGUACGAUCUAAAUCUGGCAACAUCUGGGACUACUGAGACGUAGAACUAUUCUGCACAGGGGCUUACACUCUGGGAGAGCAAAGCCCAUGUUUGGAUCAGCUAUACAAAUUAGGCACAGAAGAAAAAGCAUUACCAAGAAGCUUGAAAAGCAGGAAUAUGUCCAUCAACUAACAUUUAUUGCAAGGGAAACUACACUGAUUGCUGCAAAUAAAGACAAACAUGGAAUAUUGAAGGAAUAACAGCUCAAUGCCACACUUUUCCAAUUGAUAACUGCGACCUAUAUAAGUGUUACAGAGCAGUAAAGUAAGUUCUGAGAAACUGGGUUCCUUUGAAGGGUCAGGUGCUCCACCAUGUGAUGAUUGUUAAAGGUGGACAAGUCUCCCUGAACACAAAGCAUGAUCAUCAUUUCCUCUGUUUUCCUGCAAUGCAAAGCCACAGUGAACAGUCUCUGGUCAUACAGGGAGACAGUUUUACCCCUCACAAAUUGAACUAGCAGCCUCUAUGAACUAGCAGCAUGUCCUGACAGUCGAAAUGAUGCCAGUUGAAAUCCUUAAAGGUAGAAAUUUUCAGAGUCGCUGAAAGGAAGGACUAAGCAGCUCAGUGAAUACAGUGAGCAUCUGAUGAACCAAGUUGUGAGACCCUGUGUAUAGUGAAAGUCCCCUGUCUCCCUACCACUAAGCCAUCCUUUUCGUUUCAAAAGGCACCAGGAAAAUACCACUUUCAUUCUAAAAGGAGUGGCUUGCCUGUCUGGACAGGGAAUACAAUGCAAAGUGACAAUGGUUUGAAAGUCCACCAUGCUGGUGCUUUUAUCCCUGUGUUUUCUAAACAUCACAUAAAACUGCACAUUUUCCAGGCCUAGGGAGUUAAAGAGGCUGCAGAAAGCAAUUUGCCAAGGCAGUCAGCAACAGGUGGAGUAUCCAGAUGUGCGCAUGUCGGGGUAUGUGCAUGCAUACAUGUGUGCGCGCACACACACACACAGGAUCUCAAUAGUGUCUUAAGCAGCACAAGAGUUACAAUGGGCACACUGAAAAAUCAGCUGGAGAAGUUGCCAUGCUCAUCCAGUUGCUAAAAUGAAGCAAGCUAGCUUUUCUAACAUGGAAUUGCUCCAUUAAUAAACAAGUGUCUAUGUUACAACAAACAGCAUCACUAAGAUACAUAUUAAAACAAUGAAAUACAAUGAUGGCAGCUGAAAUGAGAAAGAUUUUUGGAGAAAUUUAAAAGAGGGUUUGUAUAUUGAAUUAACUUAGGCUGUGGUGGCCAAACUGGUUCGGGAUCCAUGUGUGUUUGACGGCUCAGCUGCAGUUCUGGAGUCAACAAAUGCAUUUUGCAUUUCUCCUGGCAUUGUUCUUGAGGUGCUCAGAGACCAGACAAUCCCUGUCCUCUGCAACCACUUAGAAGAGGCAUACUGAAGGGAAAGAGGGAAACUGCUGAAGCAGCAUGGGGGGAGGAGACUAAAAACAGAUGCCAAAGACAUGGAGCUAGGGUUUAAGGAAGGAGAGCUGUUGGCCAAAGAUUGCUGGAAAGUUGUGAACAGUGUGAAGAAGAGAGGAGGUGCAGCCUGAUUCUGGGUACCCACAGUUACCUGUCAAGAUUCAGGACCAAGAUACGGACCUUCUUCUGACAUGCUCAUAUAGGAAGUUGAAGGUGGGCGGGGGGAAUCCAAGGCCUUCUCCCAUUUCACAGGGCAUUCAAUGAGGAAGGAGUAAUAUGAACUUUCUCCAAGGCCUUUCCCUUCAACCCAUGCUCUGCAGACUUCAACUAGAAAAGAAGGGAUUAAUUAGCUCUCCAUCUUUUCCAUUAUCAACUGGACUUCAAAAGGCUUAUAACCAGCAUGAUGACCCACGAGGCCUCUACCUCUAAUUAGCUGUAAUGAUGUUGAUACUAUUUUUAUUAAUAUAAAGAAUUAAUAUUUAAUGUG